AUGAUUUUGACGUCGAGUUCGGUACCAUUGGGUGAAAAAGUUUACGGUGUCCCGCCCUUCUGCCGGCGUGCAGGGCUGCGUUCGCGCCUUGGGGCCCGGUCCGGACAAAAUAUUUUCUAAGAAGCAGUAUGUCGGCUGUGUCGAGGGGCGGCGACGCGGGAGCCCGCAGUCAUGCUGAGAGCCUCAGCGGAGUCAGUGGACACACGUCGCGAAGCCUUUCAUCGUUACGAGAAAAAAUCGUUGCGUGACAAUUUGUCCAAAAAACUUAUGUUACCAACGAGCCGGCCUGAUAGCGCAGAAUGCGGCUGUGAACCCGACACGAGAUUGUUAUAACGAUGCGCCAACACCUGUGAUACUAAUUGCUCUAGUUACAUGAGGAUACUGAAAUUUAUUUUAGAUACAUAUGUAUAUGUUCAGUGAAGUGUUUUCAUAUUUUCUUGUGCUUCUAUAUAAAACUAAGUGAUUUUUUUCAUGCGUACAUCGAUUUAAUGAAGACUGGAUUUCUACUAAAACUGCAAGGCACAAACCAGAGGAACUGAUAUACAAAGACAGUGAAGAUACCAGAGCAAGUGUAUAGGCUGAAUUCAGUUUCGCCUAUCAUCAGCAGCCUCGUUGAGCGUCGGUAACGACGCAGUUUCCAAAGCCGUCAUCAGCGGGGACAACCCCGCCGCGUGGAUGGUGGCGGGCGAAUGGGGCUAUGCGCCGGCGUCGGCCACCCCCGCCAUGAAUGCCUUCCUCGAGACCAACCAUGCACAUCUGGCUUCCUAUGGCCUGAAGAUGUCUCCACAACCAGGGUGCGGCGUGGGCGCGCAGCACCGCGCCGCCGCACCACACCCGCCCCCUCCGCACCACCCGCCGCACUACCAGCCAUACCCGCUGCACUCCUACCAGCCCGGGUACUUGCGCGAGUACAGCGGCUGUGGCGAGCUCUUCCCACAGCAGCCUCUGGAGCAGAGCUGGGACUGGCGAGGUGACGCCGUGCACUACCAGGGCGGUGCACCUCCCCUAGUGCCGCAUGCCCAUGCACACGCACCCCACGCCUUCCUACGAUAUGUGCGCGCGCCUCCUCGCCGUGACAUGCGGUGUCAAUGGCUCGAUCCUGAACAACCGCCUCCAAGGAAAUUGUGCAACAAACUUUUCUCAAGUAUGCACGAGAUCGUGACGCAUCUGACAGUGGAGCAUGUCGGCGGGCCCGAGUGUACCACGCACGCGUGUUUCUGGCAGGGCUGCUCGCGAAACGGUCGGCCCUUCAAAGCGAAAUACAAAUUGGUGAAUCACAUCCGUGUACACACUGGAGAGAAACCAUUCCCCUGCCCGUUCCCCGGCUGUGGCAAAGUGUUUGCAAGAUCUGAAAACCUCAAAAUCCACAAAAGGACACACACUGGAGAAAAACCAUUUAAAUGCGAGUACGCGGGCUGCGACCGACGGUUCGCGAACUCUUCGGACAGGAAGAAACACUCACACGUGCACACAUCUGACAAGCCGUACAACUGCCGCGUGCACGGCUGCGACAAGUCGUACACGCACCCCUCGUCGCUGCGCAAGCACAUGAAGGUGCACGGCGCUGCUGGUGACGCCUCCCCGCGGUAUGACAGUGACGGUGACGACUCCUCGUCUGCCGGCAGUGUCAGCGUGACCGCAGGCGCUGCCAGCCCUGCUGCGCCCCUGCCCCCGCCGCCAGCGCCUGCGCCGCAGCACCAUCCACAUCACCACCCCUCAAUCACAGAUAAACUAGAGAGCCUAAAUGAAAAAUACCUUAACCCUCACGAUCAGAAACCUUACGAGCGACCACCGGCGCCGCCCCACCACAACCAAGCCCCACAUCUGACCAACAUCGGUGGGAACGGCGUCAUGGAUAACAAACUGGGCUUCGGUGGUCACUGGACACAAUUCCAGCAACCAGCACCGACGAUGCCGCACGGUGUACCUGACUGGUGGUGUCCCACGCAGGAGACCUACCACCAUCACCACUUGAUGCACCACUCGGGAGCCGCCGCCGCCUACUGACCGCAUCGCGCUUAGCGAACUCUUCAUUCGACGAACUCCAGCUAAUGGGAGCACCAACGACGACUUAAUUACAUGGCUCUAGCUUGUGUAGGUUAAUUAAUCAAUUUAAUUGUAAGCCGAUUGGUACUCGAGCGAGUCCGCAAUCGACGUGGAAUGAAAAGUUCACUAAAGCGCUUUGGACCAGUAUUGUUUUAAUGUGUUACGCUUAUUAUAAAUGUAAUUAGUCCAUAGUCAAUCCGACCAGUUCUAAAUCAUCGCCAAACGUCAGCCGUCCGAGAGAUAUUUAAUAUUUGGGUCUACUGUUAAGAAAAAGUUGUUUGAUAGAAUGGUGACAAUGUAAACAGGCAACAAUGGGACCUCGUGUCACAAGUUCUAUUGUUUACUGUAAAACAAGUGAGUUGUAAACAAUCACCGCUAGUUGAAUGUUUUACACAAUGUCAUAUAUUUCCUGUAAACAAUUUAACGAUGAGAAGUGUCUUAUUAUUUUUUGGAAAACGAUUCCUUUAUUGAAUAAGUAAGUAUUGUGUGUUUGUAGCAUUUGUGACGUUCAUGGGCACAGUGACACUGCGACGAAUAUUUUUGUCAACCUUCUGCAAUCGUUGACAGUGAUUUAUGACAGUCUUUGUGCACUGUGGAGACGCAUACAAACAGACGUAUUGUCUGAAAUUUUAGUUUUGCGAUACGAGAAUAAUUAAAUAUUCACACCUUUCAGCCUUGUACAUUUAUACUCUGUACUCCACAAGAAAAUACAUACAACUUUGUCAGCGACAGAAGCGGUACCUAUAAUAGCAAAUAUUAAAGGAAACUUGUAACAUAAAAUUAUAAUGAUCAGCAUGGCCAAAGCACCGAAGUCUAAUAAAACUACGAUUUUAUAGGUUGUAAAAUGUAUGUAAAUUGUUAGUGUUAAGUUAGAUAGUACGCUGUAAAAUAUAUAUUUAAGGAAAUGCCCAGUGAUAAUAGAGAUAAGGGUUUGAUUUGUAUGUAUAUUUCACUCAAGUGUUGCUCCUUCAUCGUGCUGCGGACUCUUGAACUACAUAUAUUAUGUAUAUUUAUAUUGAACAUAGUGCUAUUUUUUCACGGACCGAAGUUUUAGAUAGUGAAAGUUUAAAGUGUACCUAUAAUAAUAUUAUCUACCUAUUUGACUGAAAAACAUUACGUACUUUAAGUUAUUUUAAGAUGAAAUUGUUGUCUUUUCUACAGCCCUGUAAAUAGCAAGAAAUAAAAAUAAACAAAUAUUUCGAUUUCAUGGAUA